GCUCCUUUUGGACGCCGUAUACUGCAAUCUAUCCAGCUGAGAGUUACUCUCAUCCCUCGAUGCCCUUUGGAUCUCACAUGCAAUAUCAAGGAAUUUGCACCAUCUCCCACUAUUAGUGAAGCGGUAGUGCUUUUAUUGUUACUGCUGUUGUGCAGAUUGCAACUCCUUUAAGCAUGGAGAUGCCUGCUAAGUCACCAGGCAAUAAGGAUAAAGGCCAAUGAAAAAGCUUAAAGGGUUUGAUGGGCAUGCUACGGCAAUGGGCAAUGGCAGUGCUGAAAAUAGAGGAGGUGAUGUGAAUGGGUCAUCAAAAAGUGGGGGUGAUAGUGUGGAAGGCUCAAGUGAUGCAGUGAUGGUAAUAAUGCAGGGGGGAAACAAAACUCAAAGAAAGCGAAGCUCUGAAGAUAUAGGGGCUCCAGGUGACGGUAAGGUUGAUGCACAGGCCAAUGCUGCUCAUGGUGGGGAAACAAGUGCAUCCUCAAAAAUGUCUCUUGGCAUUACUGUUGCACCUCCAAAUAUCUCAGGAAAACCAGUAGGCACUGGACCUUCAUCUAGUCCAACACCAGGAAUGGAAUUCAGGGUUGCUACUACUGGAAAAGUGCAAACUAGUGGGACAACUAUUUCACCGGCAGCUGGUGCUAUGAUGCCGGGUCGUAACAGAGGUUCUUCUGAACUCUGGAUACAGGACGAGAGGGAACUCAAACGUGAAAGGAGGAAGCAAUCCAACAGGGAAUCUGCUAGAAGGUCAAGGCUGAGGAAGCAGGUACACUAGAGCAGAAUUUUGACCGUAUACUUUUGCUAGCUUUUAUGAGUUGUCUCCAUGAUAUCUUUUAUCUUCUUCCCUUUUCUUCAUAUCUGAAAUCUCAUGCUUGCUUCAGGCUGAAAACUGAACAACUCCGCUGUGAAAGUUUGCAGACCCUGAUGCCGAGACAUGGGCUUUGAGAUCUGAAAUCAGUCGGCUAUCAGAGAACUCAAAUAAACUCAGAUUAGAAAAUUCAACCCUAAUGGAGAAACUGAAGACUGCACGAUUAAGCCAAGAAGAGAUUUCUACUGCUAACAUGGAGUCUGAGGGAGCCCCAUCUGUUGUUGCAGAGAAUUUCUUGUCAAUGAUAGAUAACUCAAGCUCGAUUAGUAGAAGUGUGCAGCAGGAGGAUGAGGCUCAUGAGAAGUCCAGUGGCAAGCUCCACCAGCUUCUCGACUCCAAUCCUAGGACAGAUGCUGUGGCUGCAAGCUGAUCUGCAAGUGAUCUAACUAAUCCAUAGUUUGGGUCCAAUUAUAAGCCCAAAGAUAUUGCUGACAUUAACAUAAGGUAGGUAUCAAGUAAAUUAGGCAGUGAUAGGAGACUGAUCAGCUUGAGAAAAUGGCCUUAAGACUCAGGAAGUCUGCAGGCCUAAGAGCUUCUGGCUGGGGGGUCUACUAUUAUCUGAAAAAAAAAUUGUGCUAAAUGUGUAUGAUCCAUGCAACUUGUAUGAUCCAAUCAUGGCGUUGGAAAUCUUUAUAACUGGAUGUUGCUGAGGAUCGUAAUUAGAGAAACAUAUCUGUAUAUUUUAGGAUAUCUAUAGGAAAGUGCUCUUCCUGCCACUGUGGUUAACUGUGGCCUGCCUUUGAUAUUUUACUUGGCAGGCUAGUCAUAUUAAGUGCUGUUUUUUCCUGAGAAAUUCGGUUGUGUGUGGUCUGGGCCACUUGUGUAUGUGUUAGUAUAUUACUUUUAAGUUUUGGUGCUA